UUAGGACUGUUAAAAAAUGAAAGCUUCCAUCCCUCUUCUGAUCCUGCUUCAUGCGCUUGUGGUCCAUUGCCUGAAAGUCGUGUCAAAGAGAGGUUCUGUGGAAGGCUGCACUGACUGGUCCGUGGACUACCAAAAGUACAAAGUCCUUGUUGGGGAGCCUGUCCGGAUCAAGUGUGCUUUAUUCUAUGGAUAUAUCCGGGCAAACUACAGCCAUGCACAGAGCACAGGACUUAGCCUCAUGUGGUACAAAAGUGCAGUGCAUGGGGAUUUCGAGGAACCCAUCAGUUUUGACGGUGCAAGGAUGAGCAAAGAAGAGGAUUCUAUAUGGUUCCGACCAGCUGAACUGGAUGAUGUGGGGUAUUAUUCCUGUGUAUUAAGGAACUCCACAUACUGCAUGAAGGUGUCCAUGUCCCUCAUCGUGGCACAGAAUGACACAGACCUUUGCUACAACUCCAAAAUGAGAUUCUUUGAGAAGGCAGAACUGAGCAAAUGCAAAAACAUCACCUGCCCAGACAUCGAGGACUUCAUACAGCCGGGGGUGGAACCGAAAAUAGUUUGGUACAAGGAUUGCAAGCCAAAGCAGUGGAGACAAACCAUAGAGAGAAGGAGGGACACUCUGUUCAUCAAGGAAGUGAGAGAAGAUGAUAUUGGGAAUUACACCUGUGAAAUACCGUUUGGGAACUUUGUUGUUCGGAGGACUACCGAGUUAUCAGUCACAGGUAAGAGAAUAUUCCAGAUUUCUCCAUCUUUUCCCCCUUGAACUAUUCCUGCAGCAAACUGAGGCGUAUAACAAAAACAUAAGAUUGUCUGAAGCCGGGACUGCACACUGGCAGCAGCAGUGAAAUCCAUGAAUUUGUUUGGUCUGAUUUGAUUUAAACUGUUUUGCUCUGUAAAAAAAUAUAGUUUGGCCUCUAUUCCUUUCAGUCAGCAUCACAGCCUCUUUUGACUUCUCAGCUUUUUUAAUUGCUCAGCAGUUGAAUCCACUCUGAGCCACUUCAGCACUUUUCCUGAAGGCUGUUGAAAUAUUUAAGCCUGAAUCCGGAGCAGGUGACAGAUUGCUUGUCAGGGAGUCUGUCACAACCAAGGUUGAUGCAAAGCAUUUUGGAUGACUUCAUUACAUUCAUCUUUUUCUACAAAUGUAAUGUUUUGCUUUUUACAAGUGAAGUUUGAAGU